UUACAAUGUAAAACAUCUUUUAACUACCCCUUUUCAAGCUUAUCUUUAAAAAUAUAAUUUCAACAUACCUGUUAAUCACCUAGCAUUUUAUCAACUUUUAAUUUAUUUUCAAGUGACAUACAACAGAUCAGUGAAAUGAUCUUUUCUGUAACAGUCUGAAUGAUUUACAGUCUGUAUUUAAAGUGCUUUGUUUCUGACUCUAAACCAGUACUACUUGCAGUCAUGCUCUGCAUAACAGUUUCAGUCAACGACAGAUGCAUAUAUGAUGGUGGCCCCAUAAGAUUAUAAUGGAGCUGAAAAAUUCCUGUCACUUAGCAACAUUUUAGCUGUCCUAAUGCCCUGGCACAACGCAUUACGCACGUGUUUGUGGUGGUGAUGUAAACCUGCGCCGCCAAUCGUAUAAAAGUAUAGCACAUACGAUUAGGUAUAGUACAUACUACUUGAUUAUAAAUGACUGUUACUGGUUUAUGUAUUUACUAUAUUAUACAUUUUAUUGUUAUUUUAGAGUGUAUUCUUUUUGCUUACAAAAAAGUAUUCUGUAAAAGAGUAUGUUGUAUUAUGCCAGGAGCAGCCUCAUGUAUCUGGUGUUUACUGCAUCUCUUGAUUGUAUUAUUUUCUCUUGGGCUUGAUUUAAUCUCAUGUUGUUUGUUACAGUAACAUGUACAAGCUUGUAGCCUAGGAGCAAUAGGCUAUACCAUAUAGCUAGGUAUAUAGUAGGCUACACCACCUAGGAUUGUCUAAGUGUACUCUGUGGUGUUCCUACAAAGAUAAUUGCCUAACGAUGCAUUUCUCAGAAUGUAUCCCGUCAUUAAGAAGUACAUGACUAGUUCAUUCUAGCCUUCCUCCUAGUUUAUCUGUAACUUCCCUCUCGGACAGUGAGAAACCUGGUUCAUACUGACCACCAUCUGUUUUACUUAUUGUUUAUCUUCAGUAUGCAUGCAUAGCAGUUUCAGAAUUGUUAACCCAUAGCCCUGUGAGGAAUUACUUUACCAACUAGAAUACAGUGUUUAUGUAGUUCUUUUCCCCCCCUUAAUAGUUAAUAGUCAAAACAUCCUUUUCCAUUUACUUAGGUCAGCACUAUUUUUAUACUUCUUCAAUGUGGCUAUGCAGGUCUGCAUUUAUAACUUCUGGUUGAGUUUUAAAAUUUGCAUAAAGUUUACUCUUUAUUUUGUGAAGUUCUAUGAAUUUUAAUACAUGCAUACCAUCAUAUCCACCACUCCAAUAUCAUAUGGAAUAGUUCCGUCUCCUUAGUAGUUUCCCUAUGUAGUCUCUUUUUCAGUUGUUUUCCACAUCCCUCUCAGUACCCUGGCAACUACUGAUCUAUUUUCUGUCCCUGUAGUUUUGCCUUUCCAGAAUAUUAUAUGGAUGGAAACAAUGUACAGCCUUUUUGGUCUGGUUUCUUUCCCUUAGCAAAAUGCAUUUGAGGUUCAUCCAUGUUGCAUGAAUUAAUAGUUUGUUCUUUUUUAUUGUUGAAUAGAAUUCUAUUGUAUAUAUGUACUAUUUUGUUUAUUCACCUCUUGAAGGACAUCUUCAUUGGUAUAAACAUUCAGAUAUAGAAUUUCAUAUGAACCUAAGUUUUCAGUUCACUUUGGUAAAUACACAGGGGCACAGUUGCUGGGUUGUAUGGUAAGUGUAAGUUUAAUUUUAUUGAAAACUGCCAAACUUUCCCCAAAUGGCUGUAUUUUCCUUCAUUUUUGAAAGAUACUUUAGCUGGAUUUAGAACUUUGGUUAAUGGUUGGUUGUUGUUGUUUUUCCCCCCUGUAGUUUAAAAAUGUUGAUCUCUACUCCUCUGAUUUGCAUUGUUUCUGAUGAGAAGUCCUCUGAUUGUCUGUGUAGUCUUCCCAGCCCCCCUCUGGUUGCUUCAAGAUUUCUCUAUUACUGUUUUUCAGCAAUUUGACUCUAAAAUGAUGAGGUGUUUUAUUGUUCACCCUGAAGGUUGCUGAAGCUCUUGAAUCUGUGAGUUUAUGUUUCUCCUCAAAUUUAGGAAAAAUCUGGCCAUUAUUUUCUAUCCUAUGUACAGCUCUUCUACUCUUUCUGGGACACUAGUUAAUGUUCGACUGCUUGAUAUUGCCUAACAGUUCACUGUUCCACUUGAUAUUGUCUCAGUUCCUUUAUUUUCUAGCCCCUUUUCAUUGUAUUUAAUUUUGUAUUUGAUUUUUCUGUUGCUUUGUCUUCAAGUUCAUUAAACUUUUCUUUUGAAGCAUCUAAUAUACUGUCAGUCCUACCCAAUGUAUAUUCAAUCACAGACAUUGGAUGUUUAUCUCUAGAUCAAUUAGAGUCUUUUAAAAAUAUUUUAAUUUUCAAAUAAUUAUAAACUCAUAAGAAGGUACAAAAAUAAUACAGAGAAUUCCCAUAUGCCUAUCACCUAUCUUCCUCUAGUGAUGUCAUCAUACUUUAUAUAGUAAUAUGUAUGUCAUAAACUAAAGUGCAUUAUUAAAACCAGAAAUCAGAACAAUAUAACUAAUGAGGCAACAAAUCUAAUAUUACUUUAUGUUGGCGUGUUGUAUUAUUUUAAAUAUUGUUGGGCUUUGUUUUGGGGUACUGUUGUACUUAGAAUUAGCUUGAUACUUUUGAGGCUUGGUUUUAAGCUUUGUUAGUGCUGGUUCAGAACAUCCUUUAGUAUAUACCUUAUUUGGUUUCAUUGCCUAGGCAUUAGUUACCUUCUGAACUCUGUUUAAUAACCCUUGUGUUAGGUCCUACUCUGAUUGAUGGAAACAGGAGCUCUGGGGAUUGUUCUGACUACUAUUUUUCAGAGGCUUUUUCUCUAGACUCAAUAGUUUUUUCACAUGCCAAAACCUUAAGGAGAAUCUCUCUCUUUAUCUUUAGAGUUCUUUGUCUCUGCAGCUUCUUUCUCUUCAUUUGCUUUGCAGAUUCUGGCUGCCUUGGUGUCCCCCCUAAUUAUGAACUCUUUCUUUAACUCAGUGAGACCAUUGGGUUCUGAUUGGGUUCCACCUCUCCUUUCCCUCUGUUUCAUUCAGCCUUAUAUCUCUACAGGCAAUAGGAUUACUUCAUUUGUUUUUUUUUUCUCUUGAAGAACUCUGUUCUGAGAUGACGUCCAGUGUCUGAAAAUUAUUUCAUAUAUUUUAUCUAGUUUUCUGAUUAUUUAAGGCAGGAGGGUACGUACAGUCUGUGUUUUUUGUUUGUUUGUUUUUGGUUUUGUAAAUAUUUGUCUUUUCUGGCUUUUUGAAUAUUUGUAGGACUUGGGAAAACCAGUGUAUAAAUUUUAAUAAAUUUUGGCAGUUGGAGUCCAUGUUCUCUUUCAUGCUUACUUCUUUUCGUAUACACUGCCUCACAUGGAUACUCACACCCUGUUUCAUCUGUUGUGCAUCAUUUCAUUCCAAAUAUGACAAAUAUCAAGACAAUCUGUUACUGAACAUUUUUACUUAAUGCAAGAUAGUGAAAAAUGUUAGCUGUCAUGUUUACCUAGAGGAAAAUAGAGUGCCUUUAUUUCUUUUUCUCUUUGUUUACUAAGAGGAGAUAGUUACUUUUCAGUAAAGAAUAUUUAUUCCCACAUUGGUUAAAGCAUAUAGAUAUUGAUAUUGAUUGAAACCUUAAGCCAUUAAAUAUUUGAAGUUAUCCCAAGAGGGAAACAAAAGCAAGAUUUCCCUUUGUACUAAAGUCUAUAGUAUUCCAAAAUUAAUAUUUUUCUUUCACCUGGUAAAUUUACAGAAUAAAUAUUAACUUUUAUUUUUAAUUAAAGUAUUUAGCAUAUAGAGUCACAAUUAUCAGUCAUAAUUGUCAUUUUUAUAUAGUUAAGUUAUACUGUUGAAAAUUGCCUUGCCUGAUUUUAGAUUUGCAACUUAUCUUUUGAUGGAACUAGCAUAAUUUGAAGAAAAUGCAUGGACUUUAAUUUAAACUUAUUUGAGAAGGAACACAUUUUUAUUCUAUAAGAAAAAAACUGAAAGUUUAAGCUAUUAGACAUUGAAUUCAGAGUUGCCAUGGGUACAUUAAUAGUGAGGCAAAUAGUGUUUUAAAGUCUAUUAAUAUUAUAAAACAUUAAAACGGGGUUAACGUUGUUUCGGGGAUGCAUAGUAAAAUAGCGUAGCUCUCAUUUUGUGGCAGUCAUGAAAAUUUAAAUUGGACCUGAAUGUGUGUCACUUAACUAUUCUUGGACAUCCAAUUUGCUUGAUACAAUUUUUCUUUAUGAAUAACCUAAUUCCUUGCUAGAUGGUAGGGAUUACAUUUAUAGCAGUUAUUACUUAACUUAUGGCUUAGAAAACCUUUCUCCUUUGUUAUUUUUGAGAGAGACAUACUUUAUUCCAAUGGUAUAUGUAAAUUUCCUAAUGAGCAGUUACAUUUUUGCCAUAGAGUUUGGCAUCCUAAAAUAUUUCACCAAACGUAAUACAAUGUUAGAUGGUCAAAAUUAAGUAAAAGUAUAGCAUUCACUAACUCUGUAAUCAAACAUAAAACAAGACAACAUACAGGUUUUCAUUUCUUGGAUUCAUUUUAAAACUUUAAUAAUGUUAAUUCUUAAUGAUUUGUUUUCCUUGAAAAUGUUUCUGCUGGUCGUAUUAGAUUGCUUUUCAUAGGUAAUCCAUAUGUAUGUGUACGUGUGUGUUGGUUUUAAUAAAAUUGAUUCAUACUUUUUAUGAAUUUAAAUUAGAUGUUUUUAUUAUCCUCUCCCAAAGUAUAUUUCUUAUGAUGUUAAAUGGUUGUUCUAAAUUUGAAUAUUUUUAAUGGUUAGCAACAAUUAUUAGAUCAUUAGAUACAUUUACUACUUCCCUAGGGUAAAUGUUUUACUAAAAUUUCAGUGAGAAACAUUUGUGUUAAAAAUGUGUGCUUCCAGAUUUAUUGUAUACACCAUUUUUGAAUUUUUGAUCUCAUUUGCAGUUUACAUUUUUUUUUAGUUAACAUCUCUAGCUACUAUCACCUCUGCUUCACUGAAUUUUUUGUACCUGCUGUGCCCAGUGCCUAGUCAUUUUGGACUUACUUGUCUCUAUUGAGGUUAAGAAAUGACCUCCAUUAUUUUUCUGCCCUAGUGUAAUAAAGCAAAUUCUAUUAGAGUAUGUAUGAAAUUGGACGAUUGAAGGAUAAAGGCUUCAUAAAGUUGACAUUUGUUGCUACUCUUCAUUAAGUCUAUUUUAGUAAGAGUAUUGAGUUAGGUUUCAUUUACUAGUCAUUAUAAGAACAUUGAUAUAUUUCAUCUUAUGGCAUAGGAAUAAAUAUCAUAAACUGAAUGCUAUAUAAAGAAGCAUUCGGAGGAGAGGGAUUUUAAGUUAAAUGGCUAAAUCUGAAUUUAUUGGAUAUUUCUGAGACUAACAGAAGACUAUCUAAAAGAAAAAUAGGUCAGUUGAGAUCUGAACAUUUUUGUCAACUCCAUUUUUGUUUAUUGUAAGCUUCUUCCUUGUGUAUGAGGUUUGGUGUGGACAGUUUUCACUGAAGAGAGAAGUGGCAAGGAAAAGUUUUUCAUAUUUAAUAAUUUCUACCUCAAAUAAAGUAUGUCUGCCAGUCUAGCCCUCCCCAGAUGGUUAAGAGGAAGAUCAGUUAGAAUAUUUAAAAAGAACAUUUUGUUUUUGUUUUGUUUUCUGUGUGUCAUAUUGGAUAUUUUUUGCUACUGUUCAUAUAUUUACAUGCUAGUAAUUUUGAUGGCUUUUGGAUAAUUCCACUCUAGAGGGAGAACUGGUGGGCGGUCCUUCCUGUGACACGACCCUUGAGUGACAGUUCUGUUUGAUUGCCUCCAGUACUGUGAGGAAAGGACACGACUCUAUGGUGAGGACUGAUGGACAUACAUUAUCUGAGAAAAGAAACUACCAGGUGACAAACAGCAUGUUUGGUGCUUCAAGAAAGAAGUUUGUAGAGGGGGUCGACAGUGACUACCAUGACGAAAAUAUGUACUACAGCCAGUCUUCUAUGUUUCCACAUCGGUCAGAAAAAGAUAUGCUGGCGUCACCAUCUACAUCAGGUCAGCUGUCUCAGUUUGGGGCAAGUUUAUACGGGCAACAAAGUGCACUAGGCCUUCCAAUGAGGGGAAUGAGCAACAAUACCCCUCAGUUAAAUCGCAGCUUAUCACAAGGCACUCAGUUACCGAGCCACGUCACGCCAACAACAGGGGUACCAACAAUGUCACUUCACACGCCUCCAUCUCCAAGCAGGGGUAUUUUGCCUAUGAAUCCUAGGAAUAUGAUGAACCACUCCCAGGUUGGUCAGGGCAUUGGAAUUCCUAGCAGGACAAAUAGCAUGAGCAGUUCAGGGUUAGGUAGCCCCAACAGAAGCUCGCCAAGCAUAAUAUGUAUGCCAAAGCAGCAGCCUUCUCGACAGCCUUUUACUGUGAACAGUAUGUCUGGAUUUGGAAUGAACAGGAAUCAGGCAUUUGGAAUGAAUAACUCCUUAUCAAGUAACAUUUUUAAUGGAACAGAUGGAAGCGAAAAUGUGACAGGAUUGGACCUUUCAGAUUUUCCAGCAUUAGCAGACCGAAAUAGAAGGGAAGGAAGUGGUAACCCAACUCCAUUAAUAAACCCCUUGGCUGGAAGAGCUCCUUAUGUUGGAAUGGUAACAAAACCAGCAAAUGAGCAAUCCCAGGACUUCUCAAUACACAAUGAAGAUUUUCCAGCAUUACCUGGUUCCAGCUAUAAAGAUCCAACAUCAAGUAAUGAUGACAGUAAAUCUAAUUUGAAUACAUCUGGCAAGACAACUUCAAGUACAGAUGGACCCAAAUUCCCUGGAGAUAAAAGUUCAACAACACAAAAUAAUAACCAGCAGAAAAAGGGGAUCCAGGUGUUACCUGAUGGUCGAGUUACUAACAUUCCUCAAGGGAUGGUGACGGACCAGUUUGGAAUGAUUGGCCUGUUAACAUUUAUCAGGGCAGCAGAGACAGACCCAGGAAUGGUACAUCUUGCAUUAGGAAGUGACUUAACAACAUUAGGCCUCAAUCUGAACUCUCCUGAAAAUCUCUACCCCAAAUUUGCAUCACCCUGGGCAUCUUCACCUUGUCGACCUCAAGACAUAGACUUCCAUGUUCCAUCUGAGUACUUAACGAACAUUCACAUUAGGGAUAAGCUGGCUGCAAUAAAGCUUGGCCGAUACGGAGAAGAUCUUCUCUUCUAUCUCUAUUACAUGAAUGGAGGAGAUGUAUUACAACUUCUAGCUGCAGUAGAGCUUUUUAACCGUGAUUGGAGAUACCACAAAGAAGAACGAGUAUGGAUUACCAGGGCACCAGGCAUGGAGCCAACAAUGAAAACCAAUACAUAUGAGAGGGGAACAUAUUACUUCUUUGACUGUCUUAACUGGAGGAAAGUAGCUAAGGAGUUCCAUUUGGAAUAUGACAAAUUAGAAGAACGGCCUCACCUGCCAUCCACCUUCAACUACAACCCUGCUCAGCAAGCCUUCUAAAAAAAGACUUCCCUUUUCUUGGGGUAUGGCUGUCUCAGCACAAUACUCAACAUAACUGCAGAACUGAUGUGGCUCAGGCACCCUGGUUUUAUUUCCUUGAGGAUUUGGCAAUUGGCUUAUGCAAAGGGUCACCAUUUGAGGUCCUGCCUUACUAAUUAUGUGCUGCCCAACAACUAAAUUUGUAAUUUGUUUUUCUCUAGUUCAAGCAGGGUCUGAAUUUUUUCAUUUAUUUUCUUUUUUGCCAGCAGACAGACUUGGGUCUAUAAAGACAAGCAAGUACACUGACAGAAGUUUACCAUUUAGUUUCUAAAAUGUAAAAAAGAAAACCCACAAAAGACUCAACAAAAUUAGACCACAAAAUUUGCAUUGUUCAUUGUAGCACUAUUGGUAAUAAAAUAACAAAUGUUUGUGCAUUUUUAUGUGAAGAUCCUUCUCGUAUUUCAUUUGGAAAGAUGAGCAAGGUCUGCUUCCUUCAUUUUACUUCCCCUUCUGUUUUUGAAAGGCAGUUUCGCCAAGCUUAACGCAAGAAUAUCUGACUGUUUAGAAGAAAGAUAUUGCCACAAUCUCUGGAUGGUUUCCAGGGUUGUGUUAUUACUGAGCUUCAUCUUUCCAGAAUGAGCAAAACACUGUCCAGUCUUUGUUACGAUUUUGUAAUAAAUGUGUACAUUUUUUUUAAAUUUUUGGACAUCACAUGAAUAAAGGUAUGUAUGUACGAAUGUGUAUAUAUUAUAUAUAUGACAUCUAUUUUGGAAAAUGUUUGCCCUGCUGUACCUCAUUUUUAGGAGGUGUGCAUGGAUGCAAUAUAUGAAAAUGGGACAUUCUGGAACUGCUGGUCAGGGGACUUUGUCGCCCUGUGCACUAAAGGGCCAGAUUUUCAGCAGCCAAGGACAUCCAUACCCAAGUGAAUGUGAUGGGACUUAAAGAAGUGAACUGAGACAAUUCACUCUGGCUGUUUGAACAGCAGCGUUUCAUAGGAAGAGAAAAAAAGAUCAAUCUUGUAUUUUCUGACCACAUAAAGGCUUCUUCUCUUUGUAAUAAAGUAGAAAAGCUCUCCUCA